UACUGUUCGUCUCUCUAGGGUUUUGCUCGAUUACAUGAAGUGGUUGCUUUAAUACCUUCAGCAGCAGGCAGACAUGCAGAUUACAGAGCUAGAGCCACUCGCCCUAGGAUAGGAGUAAAAUAACUCAAUAUCUUUAGAAGACUGACUGGCUGGGGGAGGUGAAUGCGCUAUUCUUGUAUCCGUAAAAAGGCUGCGUUAAAUAACGACAACGCAUAACACAGCAGAGCAGAGGUGAGGCAAACAAACGGCCCUUGCCAGAGAGGUUGGUGCGAAGACUGCAACUCGUGCAAGAACAGCAGCAUCGUAUAGCAUUUAGAUAUGAAAGUGAAGCAAGGCUGCGACGCGGAUGUCCCGUGUACGACCGAAGAGGUUUUGUUAAAAAGCACAGAAAUAACGCCGGAGGAUGUACUCGGGCUGCAGAAGAUCACAGACAAUUACCUCUGUGGUCCAGAGCAGAACAUACACAAGAUCGACUUCACCAGGUUCAAAAUCCGAGACAUGGAGACAGGCACGGUUCUUUUUGAGAUCACCAAACCCCCUACAACAGAGAGUGGGGAGGGCAGAACGGACUUUGACCAGAAUGCCGGGCGCUUUGUGCGUUACCAGUUCACCCCCGCUUUCCUCCGACUACGCCAGGUUGGCGCCACGGUGGAGUUCACUGUAGGGGAUGUUCCCAUCAACAACUUCCGAAUGAUCGAGAGGCACUAUUUCCGUGGGCAGCUGCUGAAGAGCUUUGACUUUGAGUUUGGUUUCUGCAUCCCGAGCAGUAAGAACACCUGUGAACACAUCUAUGAGUUCCCACCACUCUCUGAAGAAAUAAUGCGUGAAAUGAUCCUUCACCCUUAUGAGACGCAAUCUGACAGCUUUUACUUUGUGGACAACAAGCUUGUGAUGCACAAUAAGGCAGAUUAUUCUUACAACGGUGGAUCGUAGGAAGUCAUUCUCACCUUUUGCAUUGAGUUGCAAUGAACCGGCAGAGGAAAGUGGCAUCUAGGCAUCUAAUCUUAUAUGUGAUGAUGCAUUUGGUUAAAACAAACAAAAAACACCCCAAUCUCAGGAUUUGUGUGUGUGUGUGUGUGUGUGUG